AUGCUAUCUGUAAAUCGCCAGCAAAUAAGCCAGCUUUUGCAGUUUGCACUAAUCGUCUCCAGUGCUUUUAUGAUCUGGAAAACUCUUUCUGUGAUAACAAACUCAGAGUCUCCAAUUGUCGUUGUAUUGUCUGGCUCAAUGGAACCUGCCUUCCAAAGAGGCGAUAUAUUGUUUUUGAAUAAUAGGCAGACCUUUGUUGACGCCGGUGAUAUAGUUGUUUAUCAGAUCAAACAUAGAGAAAUUCCAAUUGUUCAUCGAGUAAUGAAUCAACACUCAAACUUGCAAAAGUUAAAACAGUUUCUCUUGACCAAAGGUGACAACAAUCCCGUAAAUGACUUAAGCUUGUACAAUAGAAAUCAACUAUAUCUUAACAGAGAAAAGGACAUUUUGGGUGUAGUCAAAGGUUACUUGCCCAAAGUUGGCUAUUUAACUAUAUUUAUAACUGAAAAUGCUUACUUCAAAUAUACCUUACUAGGUUUGAUGGCCAUAUCUUCGAUUUUACAACGUGAUGAAUGA